AUGUCAUCAGUAAUUGAUAAUGAGUUAUUGUUAGACAAGGUCUUUUCGAAUUUAUUCUAUUUGACUGGUUUAUUGGGUAUAUUCUCCAAUUGUUUACUGUUGUACAUGAUUGUGAACCGUGGUACCAGACGAAUCAAGGAAUACCGCAUUUUGCUUGGAAAUACUACUGUUAUUGAUCUCCUGAAGUCAAUACUUCUGACACUGGAGCAACCAAGGUACAAUGACUGA